UCGGGGGAUCUGCCUACGCAAUCUGUCCCAGAAUGACGACCAGCGUGGAUGCAAAACUGCUCAAGCAGACUAAAUUCCCUCCUGAAUUUAGUCGGAAAGUGGACAUGACUAAGGUCAACAUUGAGGUCAUGAAGAAGUGGAUUGCGGGAAAGAUCUCGGAAAUUCUGGGAAAUGAAGAUGAUGUGGUGAUCGAGCUUUGCUUUAAUCUUCUUGAAGGGUCGCGUUUCCCGGAUAUCAAGUCUUUGCAAAUCCAGCUUACCGGAUUUCUAGAUAAGGAUACACCGAAAUUCUGCAAGGAGCUUUGGGGUUUAUGCCUAAGUGCUCAAGAGAAUGCUCAAGGAGUUCCCAAGGAGCUCUUGGAGGCGAAGAAGCUUGAACUCAUACAGGAGAAGAUCGAAGCAGAAAAAGCCGCCGAAGAAGCCCGUCGCAAGAAGGAACAAGAACGAGCACGCGAACGAGAGCUCGAGGAGAUGAGGAAGAGGGAACGAUUUGAGCGCAACAGGGGAAGAUGGAGUGGUGGUGGUGCUAGAGGAGGCCGCGACUACGAUAGACGAUACUCACGAUCGCCCCCGCGACGGCGGAGUCGAGAUUAUUACCGUGAUACUCGACCAAGACGGGAGCCAGACUCCUAUGUUCCGGGACGUUCAUACAGAAGCCGUCGACCGUCUAGGUCACCAUCCCGCUCGGUAUCCCGUUCUCCGUCAUCGUCACGCUCGCCACCUCGUCGAACACGCCGGGACCGUCGUGGGCGUUCGAUCAGCAGCUCCGUGUCGCCAGACAGGCGUGAUUAUAGAAGGUCUAAGAGAAGACGUAGCAGUCCAGACUACGGUGAUCGACAUAGAUCUACUCCCCGCCAUGAUUUAUCGCGCUCACCUACUCCCAGACGAGACCGACGAAGACGACGAUCCGUUUCGUCGCGCAGUUUGUCGCCAUCGCCUGUACGUCGAGGUCGCCGGAGGAGCCGCAACUCUUCUGCUUCAAGGUCAAGAUCUAGGUCGUUGGUUGACUCCCGUUCAAGAUCCCGGUCGCCUCAUGAAAGGAGCAGCAAACGCAGAAGAGAUUCAUCCGCUGAUGUUGGCAAGGGCCGGAAAGACCGUGAUGACCGUCGUUUGAGCCGCAGCGCAGAUACCGAAGACGAUCACAAACGCCCCAGACGAUCAAGCCGCAGCCGCAGUCGCAGUCGCGGGCGCACGCGAACUGUCAGUGCCAGCCCGAAACGUCGCAGUUCAUAUAGUCGCAGCCGAAGCCACAGUCCGAGGAGGGAGAGAAAGAGACGCCGUUCUAUUGAAAGAUAUGCACCAGCCGCGCGCAGACGGCGCAACUCCUCUUCUAUAUCUGUCCCCACUGAAAAGCGACAGCGAAUGGCUGCUGAUGAAGAAGAAAAAGGAGAAGACACUGCAAAACAAGCCUCUCGUCCAGAUGACCAGCCGGGCUCGAACGAUCCAGAGACGAAGGAUAUUGGCGAGGUGGGUGAAUAACCUCAGGCAUACAUUCACAGCACAACGCAACUCUCACAUCGGACACGUAUAUCAACCACUGAGCUGCGCGAGAAGAUCCUCCGCGAGAAGUUAGUGGCCAUGCGCCGUACCAGUAACCACCUCCGGUAAGAAGGUAGGUGGUUUCAGCGCUGACCGUAGCGAAAGCUGGGUUUAUUCACAAAAAGUACUAUCUUUUGUUGGAGCAUUCGGUGUAGGCAGCAUAGCAUCCCUCCUGAGGAAUGGGUUGAUUGUUUUACCACUCAGCAAUAAUAGAUAAUGAUCCAUUCUACAGCGUCGAACUUCAGUUUUUUCCUUUUCAGCCAGACCGAUCAAC